AUGGAGGGGGUUUUGGUUGGAUGUAACGGUGAUGUUUGGGAGCUGCUGGUGCUGAGGAGGAGGAGAACAGGAAGACUGUACCUGCUGCUCUGCUGGCUGCUGGCUGCUCACACCACAGCGCACGCCUCAGAUGCCUCCUCAUCUUCUUCCUCCUCGUCUGGUCUUGGAGGUUUUGUGGACUUCAUUUUCACCCAGGAGCCUCAGGACACGGUGACAGUACGCGGCAGUGUGCUGCAGCUAGACUGCCAGGCACAGUCAGAUGCUGUGGCAGGACCCCCCACCAUCACAUGGCGUAAAGAUGGAGUGCUGCUUAGCACGGUGGUCGAUGAGCGACGGCGACAGCUGAGUAACGGCUCGCUGCUGGUGCAAAAUGUGAUGCACUCGCGGCACCAUCGGCCCGAUGAGGGAGAAUAUCAGUGCCUCGCCACGCUGGAUGGACUGGGAAGCAUUGUGAGCCGGACAGCAAGAGUGACUGUGGCAGGUCCACUCAAAGUGGUCGUCCCCACUGAGUCCGUCUCAUCGUACCUCGGCGAUACUGCCCUGCUCCGCUGCGAGGUUUCAGGUGACCCAACACCUGUCAUCCGCUGGCAGAAGAACCGAGAGGACUUGCCACUGACCUUUGAACCUGACUCCCGUCUCGCUGUGCUGCCAUCAGGUUCGCUGCAGGUCAGCCGAGUCCAGCCCCCGGACUCGGCUACAUACCGCUGUCUGGCUGAUAACCCCAGCAGCACCAGGACGGGGACGGACGCAGAGCUCCGUGUGCUCCCAGAACCUGGCGUCAGCAGGAACCUCCAGUUCCUUCAGAGCCCGACCCGAGUAACAGCUCUGCUGGGAUCAGAUGCGGUGCUUGAGUGUUCAGCCUCUGGUUACCCGACUCCGAGCAUCCAGUGGAGGACAGGAGAGGAACUGAUUCAGAGCUGGAACAAGAAGUACUCUCUACUGGCGGGCAGCAACUUGAUCAUCAGAAGCGUCACUGACGACGACUCUGGCAGUUACAGCUGUACAGCCUCCAACAAGAACCACAACAUCACUGCAUACGCUGAGCUCAGUGUACUAGUGCCUCCUCAGUUCCUCAACUACCCGACCAACACGUACGCCUAUGAGUCAACCGACAUCGAGCUGGAGUGUGCUGUGACAGGAAACCCGCCGCCGACCGUCCGCUGGAUGAAGAACGGGGAGGAAGUCAUCCCGAGUGACUACUUCCAGAUAGUGGACGGCAGUAACCUGCAGAUUUUGGGCUUGGUGAAAUCAGAUGAAGGAUUUUAUCAGUGCAUCGCGGAGAACUCUGCCGGCAGCUCUCAGGCGAUGGCUCAGCUGCUGCUCCGAGAGCCAGUGUCCCCCAGCCCAGGCGUUGCCCUCCCCUCUGCCCCCCGCGACCUGGUCCCUGUCCUAGUGUCCAGCCGAUUUGUCCGACUCAGCUGGCGCCCCCCAGAGGAGACCGGAGGAGCUGUUCAAACCUACGGUGUUUAUUACUCCCAGGAUGGAAUCGAUAGGGAGAGGUCAGUGAACGUGUCAGAGCCGGAGUCUCUGGAGCUGACAGUUUCCAACCUGAAGCCGGAGGAGAGCUACAGCUUCAGAGUUGUCGCGUAUAACGAUGUUGGGCCAGGAGAGAGCUCCGCCCCCCUCAAGAUCACCACAAAACCUGAUCUCCAAGUUCCCAGCAAGGUGGAGUCUCUCCGAGCGUUGGCUCUUUCUCCAACCUCCGUUCAGGUUAGCUGGGAGCCACCCAGCUUUCCGAACGGCCCCAUCCUGGGCUACAGGCUGCUGUGGACCGAGAGCCCGUCGGGCAAGGAGCAGAGUGUGGAGGUGAAUGGACAAAACUACAAGAUGGAGGGACUCAACAAGUUCACAGAGUACACAGUUCGAGUUUUGGGCAUCAAUCGCUAUGGACCAGGGACUGCCUCAGAUGCCGUCAGUGUCACCACCCAAUCAGAUGUACCCAGCGCUCCUCCACAAAACAUCACCUUAGAGGUCGUCCUGUCCAGGAGCAUCAAAGUAUCCUGGCAGCCUCCUCCACGCAGUGCCCAGAAUGGGAUCAUCACAGCUUACAAGAUCAAAUACAGGAAGACGGGCCGGCGUGGAGACCAGGAAGCCAUUGAACCCAACAACUUCUGGUACCUGUUCACUGGUCUAGAGAAGGGCAGUCAGUACAGUUUCCAGGUAGCAGCAAUGACAGCAAAUGGUACAGGCCCGGCCAGCGAUUGGUACACUGCUGAGACGCCAGAGAAUGACCUGGAUGAGAGUCAGGUGCCUGACCAGCCGAGCUCCCUGCACGUCAGGCCGCUUCCCAACAGCAUCAUCAUGUCCUGGACUCCACCGCUCAGCCCUAACAUCCUGGUCAGGGGUUACAUUAUUGGCUAUGGAGUAGGCAGUCCCUACGCUGAGACGGUCAGAGUGGACAGCAAGCAGAGAUACUACUCCAUUGAAAACCUAGAGCCAAGCUCGCACUAUGUGAUUUCCCUGAAGGCUUUCAAUAAUGCUGGGGAGGGAGUCCCUCUGUACGAGAGCGCCGUCACUCGAUCCCUGACAGACCCCAUUGACCCAUCUGAGGAUGACCUCUUCCACCUCUUUGAUAAAUACCCCACUCCCAUGCCAGACACCAGCACUCCCAUGAUCCCCCCAGUGGGGGUCCAAGCUGUGGCUCUGUCCUCGGAUUCAGUCCGUGUCUCCUGGGCCGAUAACUCUAUGACCAAGAACCAGAAGUCAUCAGAAGUUCGUUACUACUCCGUCAAAUGGAAGACAAGCUACUCCACCAGUGGAAAGUACAAGUCUGCAGACACUACGGCCCUCAGCCACACGGUCACUGGCCUCAAACCAAACACCAUGUACGAGUUCGCUGUUAUGGUCACCAAAGGCCGCAAGUCCAGCACCUGGAGUAUGACGGCGCAUGCUACGACAUAUGAAGCAGCUCCUAGCUCCGCCCCCAAAGAUUUAACAGUUAUAAGCCGUGAAGGACGACCCCGUGCCAUUUUGAUCAGCUGGCAACCACCUAUGGAGGCCAACGGGCGAAUCACAGGUUACAUUCUGUAUUACACUCUGGAUAAGAACAUGCCAAUAGACGACUGGGUGAUGGAGGCAAUUAGUGGCGACCGACUAACCCACCAGGUUGUGGAUCUGAACCUCGACACUGUUUACUACUUCAGGAUUCAAGCCAAAAAUGCCAAAGGAGUCGGCCCUCUAUCCGAAGCCAUCCACUUCAGGACAGCCAAAGUGGAGCAUCCAGACAAGAUGGCCAACGAUCAAGGUCGAGGAGGAGAACACGCCUACUGGCCGCCUGACACCAACCCGAUUGACAGGAGCAGCAUCAACGAGUCUCCAAUUGGUCAGAUGCGUCCCCCUCACGGCAGCGUCACCCCUCAGAAGAACAGCAACCUCCUGGUCAUCAUUGUGGUUUCUGUGGGAGCCGUCACCGUGGUCGUGGUUGUCAUCGUGGCCCUCAUCUGCACACGGCGCACCUCCGCCCAGCAGAGGAAGAAGAGAGCAAGUCACAGUGCCAGUAAGAGGAAGGGCAGCCAGAAGGACCUGCGGCCUCCGGACCUCUGGAUCCACCACGAGGAGAUGGAGAUGAAGAACAUGGAGAAAGCUCCCAGCAUCGCACCGUCUGGCCACGAUUCACCAAUCCAGUCUUGCCAGGACCUCCCCCAGGUGGCACACAGCCAAUCAGAGAGCCAGAUGGGGAGCAAAAGCAGCCAUUCAGGAGCAGAUGCUGAUGAGGUUUCCAGCAGUAUCUCUACUUUGGAGCGUUCUCUGGCUGCCAGGAGAGGAACUCGAAGCAAAAUGAUGAUUCCCAUGGACUCGCAGCCGAGCAACACACCGGUGGUCAGUGCCAUCCCGGUGCCAACCCUGGACUCCUCGCAGUAUCCUGGGAUUCUGCCUUCUCCCUCGUGUGGCUUCACUCACAACAAGUUUAGCCUGAGACCAAUGCCUUUCCCCAGCCUGACUGUGGACAGAGGAUACACACCAGCUUUGUCCACAGAUGCCUCCUCCAAUCCUCUUCUCCAGCAACAGCCUCCAACACAACAGACUGCUCCUCUCCUCCCCGGUUCCUCAGCCCCGCCUGGGGAGCACCUUCCCUCGAUAGGCCCAGUCCCGGGUGCAGCCACUGCAGCGGCAGAGGAGGCCCAGGGUGGGAGCGGUCGGACCAUCCCGACAGCCUGUGUGCGGCCCACCCAUCCACUAAGAAGCUUCACCAACCCACUGCUGCCACCACCCAUGGGGACCAUCGACCCCAAGGUGUACACUUCUAUGCUGCCACAGUCCAGUGCGAGCCUCCCGAAGCCCCAGGUGAAGACGGCCUCUCUGGGUCAGGCCGGUAAGGCUCGCUCUCCCCUGCUGCCUGUCUCAGUGCCCACGGCGCCGGACUUACCAGAAGAGGGAGGAACAAAACCCGCGGAGGAUUCAGCUGCCAACAUUUAUGAGCAAGAUGACCUGUCAGAGCAGAUGGCCAGUCUAGAAGGGCUGAUGCAGCAACUCAAUGCCAUAACAGGCUCCGCCUUCUAACAUCUGAGCCCGGCCCGGCCCUGAAUCACGGCCUAGUCUGGAACCCUUCUUCAAGCCUCGAUGUCACCUGUUGUCUGGUCUUUCAAGGCACCAACAGGUCAAUCUGGGUUUAAAGAUGCCUCUGUGGAAUCAGAUCUCCGUUUGUGCUGGGUUAAGUCUGUUUGGUUUCUACUGGUCUUGGCUACUAUCCACUGGGACCGGGAUUGGAAAAAGGAAAUUCGAAAGAGGAUAAACACUACAGCACACAGCAUCAAGAACAGGACCAGUGUUGAGGGGCGUCUUUAGGAGUUUAAACUGAAACCCCUUUAGACCCCUCAACCUCAAACACAAAACUAAAAAAAACCCAAUGCCUAGCGCCUCGACUUAAUGAAACAGGGGGAAAGGAUUAUCACAAAAAAAGAAGACAAAAUUACAAGAUCCCUCCUGUUUCUUUUAUUUGUGAUAUUUAUUAGCAUCCUUCUCCGCUGAGUUAUCUUCAACUCAGUUACUGUGACUGUACCUCACUUAUUUUUCAUUAUCGCCACUCCGUUUUGUCUUUUCUUUUUCUUUGGGUAUUCCAACUUUGCGCAUUUACGGGAUGUGCAUAUGGUUUGAAAAUGCAACACAAACCUAAGUGAGAAAUGGAAAAUACAUCCUCAGCCACCAAAGUUUCAACAAAACGUUUUUUUUUUCAUGUGGAUUCAAGGUUGUCUGUUAUAACAGAGCGAGGUGAUUCACUACGACAUUUUUUCUCAUCGUUUAUCUUUUUCUGUCUUACACAAAACAGUAUGAUUUGACUGAAACACACAUCACCCAAGCCCAAGAUACCCUUCCACGUUCUGGGUCUUGAGAUUAAAAUUGUAAAGUCUGGUCUGAAUCAUCUGGAUCUGGAUUCUACUAACUUUUUCUUACAGGACUGUAUAAAAACCUCUUUAGACUCCCACAGUUGGUUGCUGCUCCUGACCAAGCCUUUACUCUCCCUAACGCAGAAAAGGCCAGUAUUUACCCACAAGGACUUGUGUCGUUGCCAAAUUCUCAUCUCUGAAAGCUUACUGUAACUUUUUUUUGCUAGUUGUUCAAGUCUGACC